GUGCCUUUUUUUCGGUGUUGUUGCAUUUCUGACUAAAAUCACCAUAAAUAAGCAACCAGGUCCACCAGGUUCUUCACAGGUUCAUCAGCUCUGGUCUCUGAUGUGGAUUUUAUUCCCUGGGUCUCUGGAACUUUGUGUGAAUUAAAGUUUCAGGCUGUGAAGCAGAUCCCUUCCGGUGGAUUUUUAAACUUUUGAAGGACAUUUCUGGUGUGAUGCUGCUGGGAGUAUUUCCACUGGUGUUUCUGCUGUGACGCACUGUCUCUUCCACGCAGCAUCACGGACAGGAUGAGACCGGAUCCUCUGCGCACAACACGCACAGUCACUGAUCAGCGAGUCUGAUGUGCUGGUGCGCCUGUCUCCUUCUCUGCGUGUUGGACAUGUUUACAUGAAAAUCUGGGGAUUUUUUUUUUUUUUUUAGAUUGAGGGGAACUUUUUUGUUGCUGCAACUGUUCUGGACCUGAAUUAUGAACUUCCAGUGACGGAACAUACAUUGGAGGAGACAGUUUAUCGGUGAAGAACAUUUCCCCAUGUCCACGGCGCUGACGCAUCCACGGUAACUCUUGGAGCCUUUGCGCGCCUCUGCCUGCGGUUCUGUCAGAUCCCAGACUGCGGACAAACCAGCGCGUUUCAGUUUGGAGUUGAAAACCGAGCAUCUGCGCCGCUGCCCGCCACCCGGUGCGCCCUGAAGUGGCAGAAGCCAUGAGACCACCCAAAAACUAAUGUGACGGCUGGUUGAUGGGGAGGAUUUCGAAUGUCAGCCGGGACAGUGGUCAUCGCAGGAGGAAUUCUGGCUACAGUCAUCUUACUGACCAUCGUCGCUGUGUUGUGUUUAUGUAGGUUGCAGUAUUACUGCUGUAAGCCGGAGGAGUCUGAGAAGGGGGAAGACGAGGAACCAGAACUCUCCACCAUGUCGCCCUCUCGACCCCUGGCUCUGUGUGCUCCUUCCACGCCUCCAACCCCGGAGCACUACAGCGACGAGCCCGAAACCUACCCCCCCACCUUCCUGACGGAGGCCAACGGGCCCUCCAGCUACUCCCCUCCCCUGCGCAGGUGCCAGCGUGUGCACGCCUUCUGCCCGUCCUGCGCCCGCUGCUCGCUGCCCUUCUACCUGCAGCACCCGGAGCGCCUGUGCAACGGAGGCCGCAGGAUCAGCUACCGGACUGUGCAGCAGCAGGACCUGGAGCUGCCCGCCGACCUGGACAGCUUCUACCAGAAACUGAUCCGUUCCUACACCAUGAAGGAGGUGGUGAGCCACAGCGUGAGCACCGACGUCUAGCUGCUGCCGCCUGAACUCAAGCUGUGGCUGCACAGAUAGCGACCUCUCACUGGGACCGGCGUCUGCAGCCAGGAUGGAGGUCUGCAGCUGGACCAGAACAUGUCCAUCAGACUCAAACCGAUCAUGUAUGACCAAUAUAUCUGGACCUGUGUUAGCUAGACCACCAAAUGAGUGGCUUACUAAUGUUUCUUAGCGAAUUAAAAUAUAAUCAUUUAAACCUACGAGUAGAUUUAGGAUGGACUUUGUUCAAAGAAAAAUAAUAUAAUGCUUAUAAUGCUUUGUGUGUGUUGUUGAAUAAGAACUGUCUUCAUAAGCAGAUAAAGAAAGUUUAGCUUCAGAUCUUGUCCUUUAUUAUCCCUGUAUGUGACGGACAUCCACCAUUUUCAAACUUUGCUCACUCAGCUUCAUCAGCACAUGUUUCACUUCGUGUUUGUUUUCACUCAAAUCCAUAUAAACACAAAGUUUUAUUCA